CUGAAAGAUGCUCGACAAAUAGCCAUAGAUGGUUUGAGAAUAAGACGUGUAGGGAUUUCAUCGCUCCUCCUUUCCAACGUUGUUGAAUCUGAUUCGGGUCUGUAUACGUGCCGAGCUAGUGAUACUCAUGACUCACUUGAUCGAACUGUUGCUGUUAAUGUUGCGGCAGCGCCACGGUUAACACUUCGCCCUCAAAAUAAAGUGGCAAUAGAAACAACUGACGUUGAGCUGGAAUGCGCAUCAUCAGGACGUCCAAUGCCCACGAUCUCUUGGUUCAAGAAUGGCGAGGCUAUUAUCGCCAGCGACUACUUUGUGAUUGAACCUACGAGAUUGCGCAUCCUUGGGCUCGUAAAAGCUGACCAAGGUGUGUAUCAGUGUAUAGCCGAGAACGAAGCGGGCAGCGAUCAAGCCAUAGCUCAGCUUUUGGUCGAUAGUGCAGACUCAUCAUCUAUAGCAGCCUCUUCUGGUCAACCGAAGAUUGCUUCUGCUCCUUUAGGUCUCAAAGUUGGAUCUCUUGGAAGUCGAUUUGUGAACCUGGAGUGGGAUCCACCUCUAUCGCGAAAUGGUAAUAUCAUGCGGUAUCACGUAUUCUACAAGGAAGAAGAUAGCGAUAGAUUGUUGAAUAUCAUAAAUGAAUGUUCAGAAGCCGUGCCAGGUCGAAUUACCAAUUUGGUUGCUCGGCCGCUAGGUCCUGAAACAAUCGAAGUCAAAUGGGAUCCCCCACAAGGAGGGCCCAAAGCUCUUCGAUACAAACUUUUUUACAUAAGAAAUCCACCGGAAGACGAUGACAAGGAAACGCAAACUAUUGUAACGUAUACUUUACAUGGGAUGGACAAGUUUACUGAAUAUCAGAUCCGUGUUGAAGCUGAAGGAGAAAACGGAAGUGGUCUGAGUAGCUAUCCCUUGAAGGUUCGCACGCUUUCGGAUAUUCCAUCGUCUCCUCCGCGAGACAUCGUUGCUGAAACCGCUUCAAGCACAAGCGUCAGAGUAACUUGGAGCGAACCAGAUCCUGAAAGCUCGAAUGGAGAAAUCACGGGAUAC